AUGUGUUUUGGAUACCACCCAUGGUGGUCGCAUAGGAUUUCGAUACUAGACACACCUCUCCCAGCUGAGGAACACUACCGUGGAUUAUUCAAUCCAAGCGAGAAACAGGAAGAUGUUUUCCAAGCCGUCAUUUCUUCGCUUCCUCCUCCCCGCCCCCUCAAAGAUGUAAUAUCAGAAUUGAAGCAGAAUCUUCAACUAUCAUCGUCAACUAUGUUAGGCGAGGUCGGCGUCGAUCGCUCCUUUAGGGUGCGGCUCCCCGCCAACGAAGGAGAGCUGAAGCUUUCUCCUUUUACUGUCCCCCAGGAGCACCAACUCGCGAUUUAG